GCGCGGCGAUGCCGGGCCGGCUGGCGCGCGCCUGGCUGGCGGGGGUGAGGGUGGCGCCGCCAUGGCGGGUGUUGUUUUUCGGCACCGACCGCUUCGCCGUCACCGCGCUGAGGGCUCUGGGGGCGGCCAGGGAGCCCAGCGGGGACUCGCUGGUGUCCAGGCUGGAGGUGGUGACGCUGCCCUCCUGCCCAUCUGGCGACCUGCCUGUGAGGAGAUGUGCCCUGGAGCUCCAGCUGCCUCUUCACGAGUGGCCACACACGGGACCUGCAGGGCAGUUUGACGUGGGUGUGGUGGCAUCGUUUGGACGUCUCCUAAGUGAGGACGUUAUUCUGCAGUUCCCAUACGGUGUGCUGAAUGUCCAUCCCAGCUGUCUCCCGCGAUGGCGUGGUCCUGCACCAAUAAUCCACACAGUGCUUCAUGGUGAUAAAGUGACUGGGGUGACAAUUAUGGAAAUAAGACCAAAAAGGUUUGAUGUAGGCCCAAUUAUUAAGCAAGAAGAGUUUGCUGUUCCCCCCCACUGCACUGCAACGGAGCUGGAAGUGAUGUUAUCAAAGAUGGGUGCGAACAUGCUGAUAUCAGUUUUGAAAAACUUGCCUGAAAGUUUAAAAAAUAAAAAAGAGCAGCCAAAAGAAGGAGUAACAUUUGCUCCUAAAAUAUCCAUAGCUAAGAGUUGUAUAAACUGGGAAGAGCAAACGGCUGCACAAAUAAUACAGCUGCAUCGUGCAAUUGGAAGUAUGUUUCCUUUGCGGACAAUCUGGAAGGGUACUACUGCUAAACUUCUGGAUUUUGUGGAAGUGGAUAAUAUACCUGGUUUUGCUGAUCAAAUAUUAAAUGGCUGUGGAGCUGUUCCUGGUUCACUACUAUACCAUAAAGCGUCCCAAACGCUGAUGGCUUGUUGCAAGGAAGGCUGGGUUGGAAUCAAAACAGUCAUAUUAAAGAAGAAGCUUACAGCAGUUGACUUCUACAACGGAUAUAUGCACUCUUGGUUUCAGCAGAACUCAAGGACAGUUCAUCAGGAAUGUAGAUUUCAAACACUCAAACUUAGCACGGCAAAAAAGACUCUGAAAGAGAGGGAAAUAUUGUCACAGGAUAGAAAAUAGGUGUAUUUUAAAAUGCAGAAGAAGAUGUCUGUUUUCCAGAACAUAUGAUCCCUCAAGAAAUCCAAGCCUAUGAAUCAGAGUAAAAAACUGGAGACAACAGCAAGGUCGAAGUCAGGCUCCUGUGGAGAAUUCUUUUUGUCUCUGACUGCAGACUCAAGGGUGAAAUUUGUGCAGCAGAAGUUACAAAACCAGCAAAUUUGUUCCCAGGCAAAUGUAUUUUUGUAUUUUGCUCCCACCUACUACUCGCAAGUAAAGGUUGUGAAAUCA